CAUUAAACGUCAUCAAACGCUAAAAGUCUGUCGUCGUUGAGUCCACUUGUCAAAACGAAAAAAAAGGAAAUAUUUCAUCAAAGAAAUAAUGGAGAACAUAAAUUUAUAAAAAAAUUGAAUUGCAACAUACAAAAUUUUAACCAAAUUACUUUAUAAAACGAUAGAACUCUACAAAAUAUAGUGAAAUAUUUAAAAAUGUCUCUUCCUGGGAAUGGAAUAUUCGUCGUGCGUGGCGAAAUGUCCACAAUGAUGACGGCUAUGAGAAGAGGAAGUCGCUGGAGCUCCACAUCAUACGUGGAUGAAGAAAAAGAUGGUCUUAUGAAAUUGUUUGUUGAUCUUAAACAAGUAAUGAAUCGCAUCGAGGACUUGAGACUUAUCGAUCCAAAUGUCUUUCUGGCCCCAUUUUUGGAAGUUAUUCGCUCCGAGGAAACAACUGGUGCUGUUACCAGUUUGGCUCUGGUUGCAAUCAAUAAAUUUUUGUCGUAUGGAUUAAUUGAUCCCACACACCCGACACUUGCAGUUACUGUAGAAAGCAUAGCUGAUUCUGUAACACAUGCAAGAUUCCUUGGAACAGAUCAAUCAUCUGAUGGUGUAGCACUUUUUAGGGUAAUUGAAGUCUUGCACACACUAAUGCGUAGUCCGGAAGGAAGUGCACUGACCAAUGAGAGUAUUUGCGAAAUGAUGCUGAGUUGUUUUAAAAUUUGUUUCGAACCCCGUCUUAAUGAACUAUUAAGACGUUCUGCUGAACAGGCUCUGAAGGAUAUGGUCCUUUUGCUUUUUAUUAGACUGCCUCAGUUUGCUGAAGAGCGCAAUGAUGCUGGUUUGUUAAAAAAGUUCAAGAUGAUGGCUACUUCCAUUGACGAAAAUACCAAAAAAACUAAAAGCAAACAUAUUCCAAAAUUUACUCAAAUUCCUCGCAUAAAUGCAAUGAAGAAUGAAGAACAAAAGGCAGUGCCGCAAGUAAAUGUGGAGGACCCCCAGAGCCCUGGAAGUUUGACUGCAACGCUAAAAGUUCCUCCAUUGGCUACAACCCCCGCUUCUCCAGUUGGAAAUAUUCUUGAUAUGCAAGGAAAACUCACACAAACUCCAACAACAACUUUAGCUAUAGAUGAAGACACUUCGAAUACAUUCAAUGAGAAUAAUCCAGACUUAGAAGCGGUUGAACAAAUUAAUGUUGGAGAAAACAAAAGUGAAGUAACAGUGAGCCUUUUAGAUGGUGCAAAUGACAAACAGGAAGAUAAUGAUUAUGUGAACAGUGUUGGAGUGAGGUUUACUCAACAAAGUUCAAUUGAGAAUGAAGGGGUGAAUCCUUUAUUGCCAUAUGGCCUGCCUUGCAUUCAAGAGCUAUUGAGGUUUUUAAUUUUGCUUUGCAAUCCAUUGGAUAAGCAGAAUACAGACAUAAUGGUCCAUAUGGGGUUGAGUUUGUUGACUGUGGCAUUUGAGGUGGGUGCUGAUAAUAUUGGAAAGUAUGAAACUCUGAUGGAACUGGUUAAAGAUGAUUUGUGCAGGAAUCUAUUUGCACUUAUGAAUUCUGAGCGCCUAUCGAUUUUUGCUUCAGAUUUACAAGUUUGCUUUCUUCUGUUUGAAUCGCUCCGUGAUCAUUUAAAAUUUCAACUUGAAGCGUACUUAAAAAAACUUUCCGAUAUAAUUGUCAGUGAUAAUCCAAAAACACCAUAUGAAAUGCGAGAGCUGGCGCUAGACAAUCUUCUGCAACUUUGGCGUAUUCCAGGUUUUGUGGCUGAACUUUACAUAAACUACGAUUGUGAUUUAUACUGCAGUGAUCUAUUUGAAAACAUUACUAAUUUGCUCUCAAAAUAUACAUUAUCUGCAACAAAUGCCGUUUACAGCACUCAUUUGCUCUCAAUGGAUACCCUAAUCUCAAUAAUUGAAAUAAUUGAAAGAAACUGUGUUGCUGCUAAAAGUGGAGGAGGUGCAAAUGCCCCUCUUCCGUCAUCUAAUAGACAUUCACGUCAAAACUCUGGACUAGAGGGCAUAGUAGUCGAACCAAAUUUUAACGAAUCUGAUUCUUCUAUGGUUGUCGAGAAUAUUUCUAAAUUUAUAAACAAUUCAACACGCAUAAGAACUCAUUCAAGAUCACAACAAAUAUCAAAAGAACAACUUGCCGAUGUAAAAAAUAAAAAAAGAGUUCUCACACAAGGUACUGAACUUUUUAAUCAACGCCCGGAAAAGGGUAUACAAUAUUUACAAGAGAACGGCAUAUUAAAUACUGUUCUCGAUCCGAAGGAAGUUGUACUCUUGCUGCGAGAGAAUCCUGGUUUGGACAAAAAAAUGAUCGGCGAAUACAUUAGCAAAAAGAAAAAUGUCGAAAGUAAAAUUCUACAGAACUUCGUAGAAAGCUUUGAUUUUACUGGACUUCGGGUUGAUCAAGCGUUACGUUUGUAUUUAGAAACUUUCCGUCUGCCUGGAGAGGCUCCAUUAAUAUUUUUAGUUCUCGAACAUUUUGCAGAUCAUUGGCAUAAACAAAAUAACGAACCUUUUGCCAACACGGAUGCCGCAUUUAGUUUAGCUUAUGCUAUUAUUAUGUUGAACAUGGACCAGCAUAAUUCUAAUGCGAAGCGACUUAAUGUUCCAAUGACACCCGAAGAUUUUUUUAAGAAUUUACGUGGACUCGACGGAGGUAAAGAUUUCGAUCAGGAAAUGUUGGCCAAAGUGUUUAGUUCCAUUAAAAAUGAAGAAAUUGUCAUGCCGGCAGAACAAACAGGCAUCGUUAAGGAAAACUAUCAAUGGAAGGUACUUUUGCGACGCGGUGUUGGUGCAGAUAGUGUUUUUAAUCAUGUACAAGAUUCUGCAUAUGACAAGGAACUCUUUAAAAUUAUUUGGGGUGCAUCUCUCAGUGCCCUCAGCUUUAUGUUCGAUAAAAGCAACGAAAAUGGGUAUCAGCGUACUUUAGUGGGCUUCACAAAAUGCGCUGGCAUAGCAGCCUUCUAUAAUCUUCACCAAGAUUUCGAUGCUCUUAUACUUACUUUAUGUAAAUUCACUUCAUUGCUCAACAUACAAACAGAUACAUCGAACGAUAUUGCUUUCGCUGUAAACUUUGGUUUGAAUCCCAAGGCACAGGCGGCGAUUAAAGCCGUGUUCGGUUUGGUCCACGAUUAUGGUGAUUGUUUGCGUGAAAGUUGGAAAAAUGUUCUUGAUAUUCUAAUACAACUAUUUCGCUUGAAGUUGCUACCUAAAUCUUUGGUUGAAGUCGAAGAUUUUUGUGAGCCAAGCGGCAAGUGUACAUUGAUUCUAGAAAAACCAAGUCAAAAACCUGAAUCCGGCUUAUUUAGCAGCCUCUAUUCAUAUCUUAGCUCAGAAGGACAACGCGAGCCAACAUACGAAGAACAAGAAUUUAUCAAAAUCGGCAAGAAGUGUGUUAAGGAAUGUCAACUUGAUCAAAUGAUUCAAGAAUCCAAGUUCGUACAAUUUGAGUCACUGCAGGAUUUGCUAAAGUGGGUGUUGGCUCUAAUUAAACCACCAAGUGCUCACAAAUCCGCUGGUUUACCAUAUUCUGAAGACGUUGUUGUUUUUUGGAUGGAGUUUAUGGUUAAAAUAGUUAUUCAUAAUAGAGAUCGUAUGAUUCCGCUUUGGUCGUCCGUACGAGACCAGAUGUAUCUUCUUCUUAUGAGUGGAUCAUCCUUUGGAUACGAAUAUUUACUUAAUAGAAGUACUGUAGCCAUCUUGAAGUUGGCCAUCUAUUUGAUGCGUAACGAAGAAUUAUGUCCCGUUGUACUACAGAGUUUAAAAAUGCUUCUCAUGUUGAAACCAGAUGUGAUAUUUAAAAUUUCCAAGCAAAUUUCUAUUGGAAUUUACGAGUUGCUUAAAACAAGCGCUCAGAAUAUACAUACUGAGCUAGACUGGCAGAUUAUUUUUACAAUACUAGAGUGUGUUGGAGCCGGAGCAGUUCCACCGGAAUUCGAAGACGUACUUCCACCUCCUGGAACGAAAUCUGAUGGAGCUUUGAGCAGUGAAGAAGACUCAGGUCUUGCUGAUCGCGGUUACAUAUCAGAUACAGAAGUGACUUUGAAACAACAAAUGCAGCAAGUCAACUCAACUAAUAGUUCUCCAUUUCCAAGCCCCUCAGCAGAAAAUUGGAUACUGGUAAAUAAGGAUACCGAUCUUACAAUGAAUUCCAGGCCACAAUCUCCACCUCAACCGAAUUGUUUGCUAUUCCCGUGCAAGUUGGUGGAGCACUCACCAUUUGCACUGUUCAAAUGUUGGGAUAGUUUAGCAUUUAUUGUACGUAAUGUUGCUCACAUUACUCCAUACAACUUUGAAUCCUGCGUACGAUGUAUUCGAACUUUUGUAGAAGCCUGUAGAGAUGGUGGAUUGAAGACUCGUAAGAAGAAUGCUAAACCAGAACAGUACAAGAAAAAGUCAAUGAAAAAGGAAAAACGAGCAGUAGAUCAAAGCAGUGAUAGCGAAGAUGGGGAACUCUGUCAGCGUUAUGAGACAUUGUCAAUACAGCUUUUGGAUUUAAUGUAUACUUUAUACACACGAACUGCGCAAAUUUUUCGCUGGUGGGCAGAAGAAGGAUGUGCUGUACCUCAAUGUUCAGCUUUAUGGGCACAAGGCUGGUGUCCAUUAUUGCAAGGAAUAGCCCGUUUAGCUAUGGAUCGUCGAAGAGAGGUGAGAACGUAUGCCAUUUCAUGUUUGCAGCAGAGAGCUUUGCUUGUUCAUGAUUUGCAAACUCUCAGUGGAGCUGAGUGGGCGAGUUGUUUUAAACAAGUACUUUUUCCGCUACUCAACGAACUUUUGCCAGAAAGUAAUUCUAUAAACGGAAUCGAUAAAAUUCUAUUAGAAGAGUCCCGUAUCCGAACAGCCACCAUAAUGUCGAAAGUGUUUUUGCAUCACCUGACACCAUUAAUUGAGCUAGAUACUUUCACCGAUCUUUGGUUGGAAAUUUUAGAUUAUAUUGAAAAAUUUAUGAAAGUUGGCUCCGAUAUGUUAUAUGAACAAAUGCUGGAGAUUUUAAAAAAUAUGCUUUUAGUAAUGCAUUCCGUAAGGGUAUUUCACUGUAAUGAUGGUACUCUUCAUGUUCCGUUAUGGGAAUUAACCUGGAAAAGAAUUGAAGAGUUUCUACCGAAUCUACUCGAGGAGCUUUUCAACGAUGAAAGAAAUCGACCUCAAAUGAUGUCACAAAUAAACGAUAAAAAUAUAGCAAGUGUACCACAUGUAGCUAUAUUACCCCAAAAAAGCACAGGAAAAACUUGCAGUAGUGAAGAAAUUAAUGUACAGGAUGAAAAUUCACUUGAAAAAGUGGAAUCACAUACAUCCAGUAUUAUUUUACAGCCACCGACAAAUACUGUAAAGGAACAAUCAUUUAUAUUAACACAGGUAAACACUCCAAUUCUUAUUCCACAACAACCGUGCAACACGGUUACAGGCAGUCCACUUCUGCAGCAACCAACACCACCUAUAGUUCAGCCUGUUCCAAUCGCUGCAUCUGCAAUCCCUGUAACGCCAAUGAGCACUAAAUGUUCAGUGUCACCAUUAGCAGUGUCUAAUAUCGAUAACAAAUCCGACAUUUUACAAUUCUCUGAAAAACUUAUUGUUUCCCCGAAAUCAAUAGCUAAUAUCGAAGAAAUUGUCCACGAACCUUCAAAAACUCACUCAGACACACCACUACAAAUACCUCAAACCGGUGGAUAUGAAUUCUCAAUAGAACUACCAGAAACACCACCAUCGGAUGUUACAAGUGUUCAGGAUUAUUCAACUCAUAUGAUAAUGCAAGAACGAUAUGCUGAAUACUAUCAGCACUUCCAAAUGCAACAAAAGAAUGACCUAAUUAAUUCCAGUUCGCCGCCUCCUGAAUUAAUGCCAAAUGUGCCAAUGAGUCAUGUGUUAGCAGGUAGUGAAUAUGUUAGUCUGAGCAACCAGCCUUCAUCAUCCAUUGUGCAAAGUUUUUCACCUGUAUUUGUGGAAUCGCAACCAUCGCUUUCAGGAUCCGAUAUAUACAUGGACUACGCUAAGAAUCCAUAUAAUCUUACAAUGCAACAACAACAAGAAUCAGGUAGAGCCGAUAAAGUAGAGUCGACUGACCCGAUAUGUUCAGGGGACCCACCACAAGUUAUAAAUAUGUUCCAAUCUACGAACUAUUUUGGAACAAAUGUAGAUCCUAGUUCCAUUCCGCCAGGAUCCGAAAUGCUCUUUGGAAACCCCUAGGAACUAAGCAAAAAAUUUUACUUGGCGACCUAAUUAUUCAUUUAGUUUAAGUUCGUCCGUUUCAGCUGUUGAUUAUUUGGUGGUACUUCAUUCUGCGGUGAAACAUUCCAAUCAGUACGAGUUAGCAUCAAAUUUUAAGCUUCAAUUUUUAGGUGUUAAAUAGUUGUAUGUGUUAAAUCAAUCAUCGAUUUUGUUGAUUAUUUGUCCUCAAUAUAGUUUUAUUCCAUAUCGUUUUACCCUCAUUACCUCUAUAUUAUUUGUUGCGUUUAUCCCUGUACAUAGUAUUUAAUUGGAAGUUAAGAUAAAACUGAUAAGAAUCAACAAAAAAACGAGAUGAACAAUAAUUUUGCAAAUAAAAAUGUUCAGUCAAUUUUAAUUCUAAACUGUAAUCGCAAAAAAAAUGUUAUAUAUAUAUAUUAUACAAAACUUAUAAAAUCAAUUAAAAAGAGAAGUAAAUAAAAUUUAAAUUGUAUAAACUA